GAGCGGGGCCUGCGGGCCCGGCUGGGGGGGGUCAGCGGGGGGGCCGCGGGGGGCUCUCCGGCCGCCGGGGUCCUGGUGCCCCUCUGCUCGGUGCGAGGGGAGCCCUCCCUCCUCCUCACCCUGCGAUCCAGCAAACUCGGGGGCCGGCACCAGGGGGACGUCAGCUUCCCUGGGGGGAAGCGAGACCCCUCGGACCCCGAUAUCAUCCACACGGCGCUAAGGGAGACUCACGAGGAACUGGGGCUCAAACUGGCACGUGACUGUGUCUGGGGCUAUCUCAAACCGUUAUCGGAUAGGUCCGGGAUGAAGGUGGUGCCUGUCCUGGCAAAUCUCGGACCCAUAGACCUUAGGAAGAUAACACCCAACCCCAACGAGGUGGAGGACGUGUUUGCCAUCUCGCUGAGUCACUUCUUCCCCACGGAAAACCGGCGCUAUACCACCUUCCGGCACCGCGAAGGCCAGCUCUACACGCUGCCCGUCUUUCCCAACGCCAAGUAUAAAGUGUGGGGUCUGACUGCUGUGAUGAUUGACGGGCUGCUCGGCCUCCUCUUCCCCAGGGUCUACCGCAGCGCCACCCUGCGGGGAGUUCAUCCGGGGAUCGGUCGCUGAUUCAGGACAGGCACCUGAAGGGUUGCGGGAGGGGUGGGCGGGGGAACCAGAACUUCAAACUCCAUCAGUAAAGGUCAACAGCCCGAAAUAUUAUCGAUAUGGCCCGGUAUCUCUCAUGGAGAUAUCUGUACACUGACUGGUGUCUCUCAAUCCUCUCCCUCUCAGGAAGAUAUCUGUACACUGACUGGUGUCUCUCAGUCCCUCUCUCUCAGGGAGAUAUCUGUACACUGACUGGU